CUGAUCUCCCGCAGGAGUCGGAGGCCGCUGAGGGGGGCCGGUCCAGCCUCCGCUCCAGCGCCGGCGCCGAGCUCUGCAUCUCGGAGUCCGCUGGGCCCGCGGCGGCGCGGCAGGUGCCCCAGGAGCCGCCCUCCGCUGCCUUGUCUCGUCCCCCGCUCCGGGGGCAGCAUCCACCAUGUUCUCCUGCGUGGAGCCCUACGGGGACCAGAACUACUCGGCCCUGAAACGGGCCUGUCUGCGCAGGAAGGUGCUGUUCGAGGACCCCAACUUCCCUGCCACCGACGACUCGCUGUACUAUAAGGGUACCCCAGGGCCCACCGUCAGGUGGAAGCGGCCCAAGGACAUCUGCGAGGACCCCCGCCUCUUCGUGGACGGCAUCAGCUCCCACGACCUGCACCAGGGCCAGGUGGGCAACUGCUGGUUUGUGGCGGCCUGCUCGUCCCUCGCUUCCCGUGAGUCACUGUGGCAAAAGGUCAUCCCAGACUGGAAGGAGCAGGAGUGGGACCCUGAGAAGCCCAACAGCUAUGCGGGCAUCUUUCACUUCCACUUCUGGCGCUUCGGGGAGUGGGUGGACGUGGUCAUCGAUGACCGGCUGCCCACAGUCAACAACCAGCUCAUCUACUGCCACUCCAGCUCCCGCAAUGAGUUCUGGUGUGCCCUGGUGGAGAAGGCCUAUGCCAAGCUGGCGGGCUGUUACCAGGCCCUGGAUGGAGGCAACACGGCGGACGCGCUGGUGGACUUCACAGGUGGGGUUUCUGAGCCCAUCGACUUGACCGAGGGUGAUUUCGCCAGUGACGAGGUCAAGAGAAACCAGCUCUUCGAGCGUGUGUUGAAAGUGCACAGCCGGGGAGGCCUCAUCAGCGCCUCCAUCAAGGCAGUGACGGCGGCAGACAUGGAGGCCCGGCUGGCGUGUGGCCUGGUGAAGGGCCACGCGUAUGCUAUCACUGACGUGCGCAAGGUGCGCCUGGGCCACGGCCUGCUGGCCUUCUUCAAGUCAGAGAAGCUGGACAUGAUCCGCCUGCGCAACCCCUGGGGCGAGCGGGAGUGGAAUGGGCCCUGGAGUGACACCUCAGAGGAGUGGCAGAAGGUGAGCAAGAGUGAGCGGGAGAAGUUGGGUGUGACCGUGCAGGAUGACGGCGAGUUCUGGAUGACCUUCGAGGACCUGUGCCGAUACUUCACGGACAUCAUCAAGUGCCGCCUGAUCAACACGUCUUACCUGAGCAUCCACAAGACGUGGGAGGAGGCCCAGCUGCGCGGCGCCUGGACGCGGCACGAGGACCCGCUGCAGAACCGCAGUGGCGGCUGCAUCAACCACAAGGACACCUUCUUCCAGAACCCACAGUACAUCUUUGAUGUCAAAAAGCCAGAAGAUGAAGUGCUGAUCUGCAUCCAGCAGCGGCCGAAACAGUCCACCCGCCGGGACGGCAAGGGUGAAAACCUGGCCAUUGGCUUCGACAUCUACAAGGUGGAGGAGAACCGCCAGUACCGCAUGCACAGCCUGCAGCACAGGGCCGCCAGCUCCAUCUACAUCAACUCCCGCAGUGUCUUCCUGCGCACGGAGCAGCCUGAGGGCCGCUACGUCAUCAUCCCCACCACCUUCGAGCCAGGCCACACUGGCGAGUUCUUGCUCCGGGUCUUCACUGAUGUGCCCUCCAACUGCCGGGAGCUGCGCCUGGACGAGCCUCCCCGCUCCUGCUGGAGCUCCCUGUGUGGCUACCCCCAGCAGGUGACCCAGGUGCACGUCCUGGGGGCCGCUGGUCUCAAAGACUCCCCGACAGGGGCUAACUCUUACGUGAUCAUCAAGUGUGAGGGGGACAAAGUCCGCUCGGCCGUGCAGAAAGGCACCUCGACGCCUGAGUACGACGUGAAAGGCAUCUUCUACCGCAAGAAGCCUAGCCAGCCCAUCACUGUGCAGAUCUGGAACCACCGAGUCCUGAAGGACGAGUUCCUGGGCCAGGUGCACCUGAAGGCCAACUCGGAUGACCUCCAGGCCGUGCACACCCUCCACCUCCGAGACCGCAGCAGCCAGCAGCCCAGCGACCUGCCGGGCACCGUUGCGGUGCGCGUCCUCAGCAGUGCCUCCCUCACGGCCGUCUGAUCCCGCCUGCUGCCUGCACCCACCGUUCUCGCCACCAUCUGCAUGUCCCCAACCAGGCCAGGGACUAGCCUGGGAGCCAGGACACUGGGGUCCUUUUCCUAGCUUUCCCACUGACUUGCUGUGUGACCUUGGGAGUUCUCUGCCCCUCCCUGGGCCCCAGUGUCCUGAGGACCCCAAAACAUUCCCUUCUCAUGGAGGAGUCUUCUUGCCUGAGGUGUAAAAUAGCCUCCCCCACCCCAGCUGCCACCAUGGCUAAGGGACUCUAUCCGUUGAAAACCUUUUCCCAAAGCCCUGCUGUCUGCCAACGGAGUGCCAAGAAGAUGUCACUUGUUUACACACAAACUGCCACAUCCCCAAGGCCCAUUCUUGCCCCUGGCGUCCCAGACCUGCCCCAGUGUCCCAGACUUGCUUUCGUUGUCACCUACAUCUGGUUUUCUAGCCACCCUGAAAGGACUCUUGGCUCUUGGGUUCCUGCUCAGGCUGGAAUUUGGGAAAUGUCCAGGUGACACCUGUCCAUUCUUAAAUCCCAUCCACUCACCUUCCCAUCAUCUAUUUAUUCAAAGGAGAUUUGCCAAAUGAAUAAACGAUGCCCAUGAGACCCCAGGUGGAGCCGGGCCUCUCCCCGCAGCUCUGGGAGACCCGGCGUCCAUCCUGGGCCUCGCCUCCGCUCUCAGGUCCUCUCAGAGGCAGAUGCCCAGAGGAGCUGCGGCCUUCUCCUUCCAGGUUCUGAUUUCAUUCCCAGCCUCUGGUUUAGGGUCCCUGGAGAGGUGGUGGCAGUGGUGGUGAGAAAGGGCGUUCUCUCUCCACGGCCAUGAUGCGGGAAGGAGUGUGUCCAGUGUAGCGGCCAGGCGGGUGGAGGGGGCGUGGGCACCUGAGGGGAGGCACGUGCUCCUAGGACCCUCUCUGCUGCAAGACCUGGGCUUUUCCCGGGAGAAGGGACUCUGGGGUGGUGUUCUCAGGCCCGCGGGGGUCAGUUCGCACAUUGGACUUCACGGAAGAUGGUAAAUCCAUUGUCUGACCAGAGGCCUCUCCACCAACAUUCCCCCCAAACGCAGCUGAGGAGCCAUAACCCUCUUACUGCCCGGACCAAAAUGCUCCUUUUAGUCCCGCACGUUUUAUAUUCUUUCCGUUUUAACUCUCAAUUUUAACCAGGGGUUUUUAAAGGAAAACUGAAAGCCUGAA